AUGUCUUGGUCACAAAGAUUUACAUAGAGUUUUAAUCAAACACACAAUGCCAACACUAGAAAGUAUAAUGUUGGUUAGGUUUUGGAUUUAGAGAAAUAAGCAAAACCUAGAGGAAAGAAGUACUUUAGAUAAGUCACCCUAUAAGAAAAUUAAAUGGUUCAACCUAAUAAUAAACCUAUUCCUUAUCCUACUGGUUUUACAGUUAUCACUAGAGUAUUUCCAUUUAACUAAUAAAGGAACAAUACGAAUUAUUGCCAAAUGAAGAAAGGCUUCUAUUUCCUUGGAUAGAGUAACAAAAUAAACCUAUUCGGAUUCUUUUCGAUCGUGUUUUAGGAGGUGAACAUAGGUCAUUACUAAGUUAAUUUUAGAAACCAACUGCUUUAUAUUUUGAUACUUAAGAUGAAGCAUAUAGGUUUAUUGAAUUCUUGAAAUUUCGAAAAGAAAAUGUUUUGGAAAAAAGUAAAAAGUAGAUGGAUAAAAUAUUUAAGCGUUGGCAAUAUCAAACAUUAUUACGUUAUACUGAGGCAUAGAAUAAGAAAUUAAAUAUAAUAUCUAAUAAGAUGUAAAAAUAAUAAGAAUAGAAGUAAAUUACAUUUUUAAAUAAUUAUAAUUAAAUAAGAAGUUAUGAUACAUAAAUAUAUAGAGAUAUAUUUUAAUAAUUAAAUUUUUAGGCUAAAUAAAAAUAAUAAGUUGAAUAAGAUUAGAUUAAAUAAAAUAAACUUAGAAAUUUAAGAAAAAAUGAGAGGUUUUUAAAGAAUUUAGAAAUAAAUGAUUUGAAAUCUAUAUUAACAAAAUGGUAAAAAAUAGCAGUAUAGAUUAUGUAAGAGAGAUAAGAGAGAGAAAAAUAAGAAUAAGAAGCUUUGAGAUUAUUAGAACUUUAAUAGGAAAUGUUAGAAUAAUAAAGAAAAGAGGAGGUGGAAAAAGAGAAAUUAGUUGAAUUUCUUAAACUUUAACACAAAGAUUUACAUUUUUCAAAUUUUAAGUUAAUAGUAGAUGAGAAUAUUAGAUUAUUAAAUCCUAUAUUAUAUUUGUAAUUCAAACCUUUGGAAUCAGAAUAAGAAGGGAAAAUAGAAUUUGUAAAAGGAACAGAAUUAUCAUAUUUAGAAUUAGAUGGGAGAGGUUGGAGAGCUAAUGUUGAGAUUACAUUAUCACAUUUUAAGACUUAAGAUAUUUUAGAAUUUAUAAUAUUUGAUGAUUAUUAAGAUUUUAAUGAGAGAAUUUUAGCUAAGGCUUAAGAGGAACCAACAGAAGAUUUAGCAUUCAUAGCAACAGCUAAAAAGGUUAUGUAAGGUAGAAUAUCAGUACUAGAAUUUGAAAAGAAUUUGAAUAGUAAUAGAAGACAUUUUGCUAGAUUGGAUGUUUCAGCUGAUUUACAAUAGAAUUUAUAGAAUUAAUAAUUCAAUUAACCAAUGAUUUAGAUGGAUUUACAUGAAGAUGUUAGAUUUAAAAUAACAAAUUCUACAAUAAAUCCAUUUUAUUUAGAUAUUGUUGAAUUACCAAUAACAGCUAAUGAAUUAAAAUAUUACAUUAGAUAAUUGAAGGAUCCUCGAAAGAGUAUGUAAUAAUAAUGGGAGGAAUUUAAGAUUAGAUCUUUAGAAGAUGCCUUAUAAUAAAGAGGUUAGAUUUGGGCAAAUAGCAAAUAAUCAGAGGAUGAUUUGAUAGAAAUUUAAGAAUUUUUAUCAGAAGAAGGAUAUGAUAAUAAGGAUGGAAGAUUCAAAUAAUUAUAUUAUUAUUUAUAUCAUAAUAGAAUAUAGAAUUGUGAUGGUUUUGUAAGAGAUAAAAUAAUGAUUGCAUGUAAGAAAGGAUUUACUAAAUAAUCAAGAGUUGAAUUAAUACCUAUUUUAUUAUAAUUUAAUGAGAAGAUUAAGGAUUUUGCAGAUGAUCAUGGUUUAGAAUGGCAUGAAAAUCUUAAUAUAUUAGAUAUUGUAUCUAAUUAAAUAAAUAAUUAUAUGGAUAAUGAAACAUAAUAAAUAAAUUAAGAGAAAGUAGAAUAAUAUAUAAAUAGUAUACAAUUCAAAUUUAAUAAUGUUUGGACUAAUAUAUUUAUGGAAAGAUUAAAUUCUUGGAAAGAUUAAAUAUACAGAAUAGUAAAUGGAUGUGGUGUUAUAGAUAAUACUUAAGAUAAAUUAUUAUUCAUAGUGAGAUUAUUUUAAUUAUUAGAUGGAAAAGAAAACUGUGAUGAAUUUAUUUAUAAGAUAAUAAGAUGUUUAAGAUAUUAAAUGUUAGUACCAAAAUUGAAUAAUCCAAAAAUUGAUAUGGGUUGGUUUAAAGAUCAUUUGAGUAAUUUAUUUAGUGGUUUCUUUUAUUUUGAUGUUUGGUUAAGAGUAUUUGAUUAUAUUAUUGGAAUAGGAUUUAUUGAAGGUAGUUUUGAUAAAGUUAUAGGAAGUGUUGUUGGAGGUAUUUUAAAUGAAAUUAAUUAUUAAUCAUUUACAACUUAAGAAGAAUUUAUAGUUGGAUUAAAUAUUUAUGGAAGAUUACUUUGUAAUCCAGAGAAAUUAAUAAUAGCAAGUUAUAAUUGUUAUUAAUUAAAUGAAUUUGAACCUCUUGAAAAAUAUGAUGAUCUUAUAAAAUAAAUGAUUUAAAAAGUAAAUCCUUUAGAUAAUAUCUAUGUUGAUUAAUUAAAACUUUUAAAUAAAAAUUAAUAAAGUUAAAUUAUUGAUAUUCCAGAAGAACAUGAAGGAUCUGUUUAUGAUAUUUAAGAAUCUUAAAUAUUUUUACCUAAAACUAGUUCUAAAUUUGUAUUUAAAUAAAGAAUUAAUACUGUUUAUAUAUUGAUUCACUCAUUAUUUUUACAUUAAAUUGAUCAUUAUGGCAAUAAUGUAGUUACUAUAUAAGGUUAAUCGAGAAAUGAAUCUGAAGAAUUAUAUUUUGAAUUGCCUUAUUAAUCUUAUAUUUUAGAUCUUUCUAUAAAUGAUAAAUUUAGAGGAAAAAUAGAUUUAAGAUAUUUAUAAGUAAAUACUAUUUAUAAAAAUACACUUAUUUUAUAAGAUGAUUAUAAUUUAUAAAGACAUUAUUAAAUCUCUGAAAUUGAAUAUUCUAUAUUAUUAUAAGGUGAAGGUUGCAAUUCUGAAAAUAUAAUCUCAAAAGAUUAAGCAAUUUCAUUUUUUAUGGAUUAAUGCAUAUUAUUUAAUGUUAAACAUAGUGCAUUUUCACAUCCUGAUACUUUUAAAUAAGGUAAUAGUCUCAAUUAUGUUGAAUUUAAGUAAUUAAUUACUUAAUAUUUUUAAUUGGAUCCAGAAUAAUGUAAUUUCUAAGAAUUAUAUUCUUAAUUUUUACGUGAUGAUAAUACUUAAAUAUAUUUAGUUGAUAUAUUAUUUAAGUUAACUCAUAACAAAUAAAAAAAAAAAGAAAUUUUGAAUUUAUUUAUUCCAAAUGAAUUAAUUAAUCAUUAAUAAUAUAGAAGAUAAUAAAUAUAAUAUGGAGAUGUAAGAUUUGUUAAAGUAACACUUUCAGAUGAUAAUUAUGAAUUAACUAAAGAUUUAACUGAUUAUUUUAAUACUAUUUUAUGGACUCAUUUUCAAAAAUACAAUUCAUAUGAUUUAUUAUUAAUUGAUGAAAAUAAUAGAUUCUAUUUAUUAGAUAAUAUUUCUUAAAUUAGUAAUUAAUUUACAUCAUGUAUUUAUUUUAUUAUUUAUUUAGAAAUGUUGAUUCUAAGAUUAAAAUAUAAUUCUUAUGGAAAUGUUAGAAAAGUUGAAUUUUAAAUGAGCAAAUCAUUCCAAUUAGCUAGAGAACUUUAAACAUAAGCAAGUUCUAUUAAAGAAUUACUUGAAAACAAUUAAAGAUUACUCUCUUUAGAUUGUAAAUUUGAAAUUAAUGAGAAUUCUAUUGUGGAUUUUCAUUAACAUUUAGUAUAUAUUAGAUGUAGAGAUGGAGCCAAAUAAUUAGUGAAAUGUAUUAUUAUAGGAUAAAUCAAAAAUAAAUAUAAUGAACUUAAAUAUUAUGUUGUUUAAUUAGAAAAUAAUAAGAAAGUUAUUGUCUAUAAGGAAGAUGUCUUAUUAUUUGAUACAAUAUAACAAGAUGAAUUAGAUGUGUUUGAUAAGAUUUGGAAAUAAAUAUGA